AUGACGAGUGUGCAGCAGAUCCAGCCGAAAGGCAUAUAUCGUGGCCUCCCGGUCUUCUCGGAUACAGAUGACAAGAAGGAUCUCACAGCCAUAAUAACUGGCGCCAACGGCAUCUCCGGGCAGCACAUGCUCCGGGUGCUUGCGCAACAUCCUCAGCGCUGGUCGAAGAUCUAUUGCCUGUCACGACGGCCUCCAUCGAUUCCUGACCCCCUGCCGCCGCAGGUGGAACAUAUAUCCAUCGACUUUCUCAAGUCGCCAGACUUCAUCUCGAAGCUGCUGGUAUCGCACCGCGUGCGCGCCGACUACGUCUUCUUCUACUCGUACAUCCAGGUGCCCCCCAAGGAUGGCCAAGGGCUAUGGUCCAAUGCCGAGGAGAUGGCCAUCGUGAACACGGAACUGCUCUCGAACUUCCUGUCGGCGCUGAACCUGGCGAGCAUCAAGCCCCGCCGUGUCCUGCUCCAGACGGGCGCAAAGCACUACGGCGUGCACCUUGGCCCAACGAAGGUGCCGCAAGAGGAAGGCGAUGCGCGCGUGACGAUUGAGCCGAAUUUCUAUUAUCCCCAGGAGGACUAUUUGGUGGACUGGUGCGAUGAGUUGAGCGGCGUGGGGUGGAACGUCAUUCGCCCGAGCUUCGUGCUCGGAGCCGUUCCGGACGCGGCCAUGAAUCUGGUCUUUCCGAUUGCAGCAUACACGGCUGUGUGCAAGCAUCUGGGCCAGAAGCUCGAGUUUCCCGGCAACCUCGAGGCCUGGGAACGGCCGCUGGACCUGAGCAGUGCCAUGCUGAACGGAUACCAGGCCGAGUGGGCUGUUCUGGACGAGGGAACGGCCAACGAAGCGUUCAAUGCGGCGGAUGGGAGCACAUUUACGUGGGGGCAGUUCUGGCCAAGGUUGGCAGCAUGUUACGGUGUUGAGUGGACCAGACCGGAGCUGGACGAGACUGCGUACGAUGCCAUGGCUAUACCACGGGAGGAGACGCCACGAGGAUUCGGGCCACAAGCCACCAUUCGACGCCGUUUCACGCUGGCGGACUGGGCGAAAAAACCGGAGACCCAACAAGCUUGGAAAGAGCUGGCGCAGAAGCACGACUUGCUAGAUCGGAAACUGCGAGAUGUUGGCCGCAUCUUUGCUUUUGCCGACGGCGCUCUGGCCAACGCGGUCCGCACUGCUUUCAGCAUGGACAAAUCCCGCCGCUUCGGAUGGUUUGGCACCGUCAGCUCGGCGGAUUGCAUGCUUGAAGUCAUUGAAGGCUUCGAAAGGCUGAGGAUGAUACCGCCGAUUCGGGGCAGUGGGUCGUCGUUGCCGGACAGAACGGCGCAAUGA